AAUUUCUUCAAGUUCAGCUACUACCAAUCAUCCUCAAUAUAUAUCAUCUAUACCUAAAAGCACUAGUAAUGAUACAUGGAAAAUAUCUAAAGGCAGCAGAUAUUUUGAUGAUCUUUCUAUUACUUUGGCAUCCCCGCCUGAUCAGUUUAAACCAUCUACAUCACUCCAGGGUGGCAGACUAUCACCAUUCUUAAGACCAGAGAGAUACCGACAAAGGAAACCAAUCGUGUGUAAUAGUCCUCUACAGCCAAUGCAACGUAAUGGUCAAUCGCCUAGUAUUAAUGGACCCAUUGAUCUAGCAGAGGAUAUGUCAAAUCUGCCCAACAGUAAUGAUUCUUUAGACUAUAAAAGCUAUAUUCCUUCUUGCUGGUCGUGUUUCACGUUCUUAAUAACGUGUUGUAUACCCAACUCAUUCUUGUCAAUAUGUUGCAUGAAAAAAGGAAAACUCGUUCAGCAAGCGUGGCGAGAGAAGGUAUGGCAUCUCUUAUCAUGAAAAGCUACAUAUAUCUAUCUUGCUCACACCCC